AUGAAAAAAGCAUGUGCCGCUUUGAUCGAAAAUGGAACAUUCACCUGGGCCAAGGAUGAGCCGCCUGUCCUUACGGACCUUCACAUGGAAAUCCCAAUGGGGAAGUUGGUUGCAGUGGUUGGACAAGUUGGUUCCGGAAAAUCCUCUCUGCUUUCAGCCUUCCUUGGUGACAUGGAGAAAGUUUCGGGUCUCGUACACGUCAAGGGGGAGGUGGCGUAUGUCCCUCAAGAAGCCUGGAUCCGCAAUGCAACAUUGAAGAGCAAUGUUUUGUUUGGGAAAACAUGCGAUGAGACAAUUUACAAGGAGAUUCUUAAAGCCUGUGCCCUGGAACAGGAUUUGGCCAUAUUGCCAGCUGGCGACAUGACUGAAAUUGGGGAGAAGGGCAUUAAUCUGAGUGGAGGACAGAAGCAGCGAGGCAUUAAUCUGAGUGGAGGACAGAAGCAGCGAGUGAGUCUCGCCAGGGCAGUCUACAGCGAUGCAGAUGUUUACCUCAUGGAUGACCCUCUCAGUGCUGUUGACAGUCACGUGGGAAAGCACCUCUUCCAACAAGUUAUUGGACCUGAGGGACUACUCAAUAGCAAAACACGAGUGCUUGUGACACACGGAAUUACCCACCUGCCACAAACUGACCUAAUCAUAAUGAUGAAAGAUGGUAAAAUAAUAGAGGCAGGGGGAUAUCGGCAGUUGAUUGAGAAGAAAGGAGCCUUCUAUGACUUUAUAAUCCAGUUUCUCUCUCAAGACGAAGGAGAAGAUUCAGAAGACGAGUUGGAGGAAAUGAAACACGUAGUCGAGACCGUCACGGGUGAGAAAAUAAUAGUCCGACGAAGAUCAAGACAUCAGUCAAAAGUUUCUGAGAGUGAACGUGGAAAAUCAGUACCUGAUAGUGAGAUUCCAAAAGAAGAAGACAGAACAUUACAUCCUAAUGGUGAAGGACGCCUCAUUGAGGAUGAAACAACAGAAAAAGGAAGGGUGAAGUGGUCGGUGUAC